AUGGUGCAGUUGGAGUCUAUUGUCAUCACGCACCCGUAUGAUGAAGCUGACUCCUCUGUGAACCAUGCUCAGGUGUUCUGUUUCUCCAUCAGCUGGUACCACGGGAUUCACCCAUGCAGCCAUACGUCAUCUUUUUAUGGUGAAAGUUAUGUGGAGCUCAACAUCAUAGAAGUUUCACCUGAGUUAUCUCUUCAAUUAAAAUUUCAAACCAGCAAACCACAGGGAUUACUUUUUCUUGCAGCUGGGAAAAAUGACUACUGUAUAAUAGAACUUCUAUCAGGAAACUUACGGGUGAGGGUGAAUUCGGGUGCAGGUGAACAAGUGCUCCUUUCUGAGCAAAGACUUCGUAUGGAUGACCUGGAUUGGCAUUUAGUGGAACUGUACUAUGUUAAAAACAAUCUCUCUCUGGUUAUCGACAAACAGUAUGAGACAACUGGCCAGAUCACUGGUGGGAUGCACAAUUUGCACUUUCAACAUGGAAUCUACAUAGCAGGCCAUGGUGGACUUGACAUCCCUUACCUAGAUGGAGAGCUCCCUAAUUUCCGUGGAUGUAUGGAGGAUGUGGUAUUUAACCAGAGGGAGAUCCUUGUAUCCCUCAGGUCUUACCCUGGUUUUAAGAAAGUUUAUGAGGUGUCACUAGGAUGCAAUGAUGAAUUUUUUGCAGGGGAGGAUGAAGCCAUCAAUUUCUUUAGCUCCAGAUCCUACGUUACCUUCCCAGAAUGGAGGGUACAAGGGGAAGGGCUGUUGGAAUUUGCUUUGCAGACUGGAACUCAACAAGCUUUGCUUUUAUUUCAGUCAGGUAGAGAAGGAGAUUUUGUUGCUUUGGAAAUAGUGAAUGGUCUGUUGAAGGCUCGUGUAGGAAGGAGCAAAAGUAACACCCAACUCUCUUCUUUUAGCUUAAUUAGUGACAACAAAUGGCACGUUAUUCAACUCAAAUUCACUGGAAGGUAUCUGGACCUGAUGGUGAAUGAGCAAGGGGUAAGGACGUUGCUGCCUUUGCAAAGCCAACCAUUUGUAUCGGAAGGUCCUCUCUUCGUGGGAGGUCUUGAUAACCGUAAGGGAGAAGAAGUUAAGAAGUUAGAACUUGCCUCUGUGUCCAGGAAAUCUGCCCGAGGAAUCUCUUUCAAAGGGUGCUUAAGAGGCUUGGAAACCAACUCAGAAAAAAGAGCAUUAAAGAAUGCCCUUGUGUCCAAAGAUGUAGCUGCCGGGUGUAAAUUGCAGAGUAAUGAUCAUGAAAACCCUUUCGUAAUGACAACAGAAAACCUGCUUCAGUCAGAAGUUCCCCUUUCCACUACCGUCCCCAAGGCAGGCAAGCCUUUUCUUCACCAUGCGAGUAGCUAUUUCUUGAGUCUGAAUAACUUGGAGGUCCAAGAAGGUGGGCGAGCAUUACUGGAACAAAGGCAUAUGAAUGUGGAUGUGGCAUCAGAAGAUUUGGGCAUCCAUCCUUCUCAAAUUCUAUUUAAAAUAGAGGAAAUGCCCCUUCAUGGGUUCCUUCGAAUCGAUGUUUCCCCUGCGCAGAGAAUGGAGGAGGCUUUCACUAUGUUAGAUUUGGGGCAAGGGAAAGUUUGGUAUGUCCAUGAUGGUUCAGAAGAACCGAGGGAUUUUUUCACAUUUUCAGUCUCGUCCAAGAACAAGAAGGAAAUGCCGUUAUACCUGCAAGGACAUGUUCCAUAUGUGUUUAACAUUACUGUCCUUCCAGUAAAUGAUCCCCCAGUCCUUAAGCUCCCUGAAGGAAACUUGCUUCUCGUGUUUGAGAAUUCUAAGAAACGACUGACUCCAAAUAUAAUACACGUGUCAGACCCUGACACAGAUUCCUUGGGUCUUAGUUUCUCAGUUCUUGGCAACUUCAAUUCAGAUGCUGGGUUUUUAGAAAACACCAAUGGUCCUGGGAAAGCCAUUAAUGGUUUUACGCAGGGGGAUUUAAGAGAUGGCAACAUUUUCUACGUGCACAGAGGUCAUCGGAACUCCCGGAUCCUUCUGAGAGCAAGCGAUGGAGAGCUAGUUAGCAAUACGGUAGUGUUACGGCUCGUGGCUGUUCCUUGGGACUUUGAAGUGGCUGUUAGAACUGGGGUAGUCGUCCAGCAGGGUGGCACGGUUCUGAUUACACAGGGUAACUUGUCAGUGGAGGUUAACGGUGAACCCCACGAGAUGGAGACCCGCUAUGCUAUCACUCAUCCACCCCAAUUUGGCCAGAUUCAGCGGCAGGGGUCAAGGGAUGAAUGGAAACAAGUUAGUACCUUUUCUCAGCGUUCCAUUGAUCGGGGUCGUGUCCAGUACCACAGUACGUUUCAAGAAUUACAGCUAGAAAAUGUUACAGAUCACUUUAAAUUUAAAGUUAACAUAGAAGGAAAAAUCAGUGAAGAGUUGACGUUUCCUAUUACCGUACACUGGCUCAAGUUUAUACUUCUGAAAAAUGUUCCUCUCGAGGUCAGGAAAAUAGGCAGACAAUUAUUGAACUCUGAUCAUCUGCAGGCUGUGACGGAGGGUGUGGACGUAACUCAGAGAGAACUGCAUUUUAAGUUACUGACCCCACCUAAGAAAGGAAAAUUGCUAGUUGGCAAUAAAGUUCUAAAAACAAACUCCGUCUUCAGCCAACAAAACAUUGCAGACUCUAAGAUAAGUUAUGAGCCACAGGAGCGGCCCAGGGAAGACACACAAGACACAUUUAGGUUCUUGAUUGUUGCAAAACACAUAGAAUCAAAAGAUUAUACUUUCAGAAUAAACUUUGAAGCAGAUAAGACACGCAUUAUUGUCACUAACAGAGGAUUAUUUGUAAAAGAAGGAGGAGGGAAAUUAAUUACAAAAUCGGAAUUAUUUGCUCAAACACUGGACAAUCAGACCUUCCAAUAUAAAAUCACCAAAAGUCCUCAACACGGAAAGCUGAAACUGGUUAACUUUUCAGAUCCUCUGGGAAGUCGUGACAAUAUCACCGCAUUCACUGAUCAAGACAUAGUAGGUGAGCGGCUGAUGUAUGUCCACGAUGACUCUGAGACCCAGCAUGAUGAAUUCCUCCUUGUGGCCUCUGCCACAGGACCAGGCCAAGAGGGAGUGGUCAGGCAUCUUGACACGGAACACUUAUCUACAGAAAUCAAAGUUGCCAUUUCUGUAGACUUAAAGAAUGAUGAGAAACCAGUGCGUGUGGUAGAUAAGGUCUUUCAUGUCGUGAGGAAUGGCCAGCGCCUACUGACCCUGGCAGAUCUCUGUUACCAUGACCCCGACUCAGAUUUUGAUGAUGGGCAGUUGCUCUAUACCAGGCGGGGCAUCCCAAAUGGGGACCUGGUGAGAGCCACUGAUCUGUCUCAGAAACUCUACCAGUUCAGGCAAGAAGACCUGCGGGAAGGGCGAGUGCUCUUCAGACAUCGGGGUGCAGACUCUGCCCGCUUUGUGCUGUUCGUGACAGAUGGUGUCCAUUACACAUCAUCCCUUCUUGAGGUCAGUGUGUCAGACCCUUAUGUCCAGAUAGCCAACAACACGGGGCUGGUUGUACAAAGAGGAGAGGACAGCAGCCUCACAACAACUAACCUCAGUGUCACCACAAACCAAGAUGUCAGAACAGACCACGAGAUCGAAUUCUACAUGCUGCAGCCCCCAAAGCAUGGCAGAGUGCUGGUCAACCAUUCAGUGUCCCACUCAUUUUCCCAGCACGACUUGAAGCAAGGACAUGUGAUUUAUAGGCAUGAUGGCGGCGGCAACUCUGAUGUGUUCAACCUGACAGUGAAAGUUAAAGAGAUAUAUAUAGACGUGGGCAUCUAUGUACGAAUGUACUCAGAAAGUCACCAACAUCGCACCCAAAUUCUGCUCAUUAAGACCCUUGUAGUUGAAGAAGGAAAACCAGUAAAACUGAGUAGAGGAAGACUCCAGGCUGUCCACGAAGAUAAUAUUCCUUCAGAGGCAAUGUUCACCGUCAGAAUUCCACCAAUGCAUGGAUACCUCCGGAAAUCUUUACCAGAAGAAGGAAGCUUGGGUGCAGAUGCAAAGUCCCCUCUGAUUUUUACACAACAAGAUAUUGAUGAUGGGGAUAUUCUUUAUGUGCAGACAGCUCCUGACCAACAACAGGACCGUUUUUUCCUGGAAGUGGUGAAUGGUUUCCAAGCUGUGAAUGGAAUUGAAAUCUUAGUGGAUAUCGUCCCUAAGCGGAUUCCUCUGGAGGUACAAAAUUUCACAGUCCAAGAAGGUGGUUCCAAAGCACUUCUGGAAGACUAUCUCAAAAUUCCAAACAAAUAUUUUGAGGGAGUUGACUGUGAAUUUGUUCUACUGAAACCACCGAAACAUGGUUAUGUUAGAAAUUCUAAUUUUCCAAGAGUAAAGCUAAUGAAGUUUACCAGGAAACAGGUGGAAAAUGAAUUGAUUUACUACGUGCAUGAUGAUAGCGAGGAGCUUCUUGACAAUUUCACCAUCUUUGCAAAUAGCUCAGAGCUUGGAAAACAGAGUUUGCCCCGAACUCUUUUUGUAACUGUGGAAUCCAUAAAUGAUGAGGCUCCAGUAAUAACAACCAACAAAAUCCUUCAGGUGUGGGCGAAUUCUGUCACUGAGAUUACCAGGGAUGACCUCUGUGCGGAAGAUGAGGACUCCUCCCCGCAGGACCUCACCUACUGGGUCACUCCACCCAGCAACGGGUAUUUGGCUCUCCAGUCCUUUCCUGGCCGAAGCAUCCAGAACUUCACCCAGGCUCAAAUCAACAAGGGCCAGCUAGUGUUUGUACACACUGGAGCCAUGUCAGGAGGCUUUAAUUUUCAGGUUACUGAUGGUUUGAACUUUGCACCACGACAAAUUUUUAGCAUCACUGCUCGAACCCUGACCCUUAGCUUAGAAGUAAACCGAGGACUGAGCAUCUUUCCAGUCAGACGCGUUAUCCAAUGCGCCACUGGCCCUGUCCUGUUGGCCCUUUUCUAUGUCUUCUUUGGAAAAUUAGAGGGGUGA